AUGGUAAAAAAACAUGCGUCUGGGGAGAAUAUUCGGGUGGUUAUUCGUGUGCGCGAUUUAUUGCCAUACGAAGCGGAGCGGGGCGACAAAGCCCUUGUUCGUUUAGAUUUGGCCACAAAUCAGGUUAUUGUACAACACCUUAUUGGCGACCCGGAUAUCUUUGCUUUCGAUUCCGUUUUCAAUAAUACCUUCACUCAGCGCGACUUGUUCUUACAAGAGGUGCAACCACUAGUAGAUGCUGUGCUCCAAGGUUACAACGCAACCGUCUUUGCAUACGGCCAGUCAGGGUCUGGCAAGACUUACACAAUGACCGGUAACAUAGAAAAAAAGGAAUUAUGGGGUAUCAUGCCCCAAGUGGUAGAGUAUUUAUUUACAGAGAUCAAGAAGGUGACGUCCUCUACGAAGACUUUCAAGGUAAAAGUGUCGUACGUGGAGAUUUACAACGGCAAAACACAUGACCUCUUAUCUUCCAAACUUAUUGACCUUGAGAUUAAGCAAACCAUGGCUAAGAAUUUCUACGUGAAAGGAGCUGAAAUGCCGGAAAUAGCAAAUCAGACAGAAGCCCUACGUUUGUUUAAUAAGGGGACGGAGCGGCGUCGCACUGCUUCAACUGACCUCAACGAUACUAGUAGCCGCUCGCAUUCUCUAUUCACUGUUCAGAUUGAACAGUUUAAUUUUGAGAACGACCCCAGCUCGCCCAUCGUGAUGUCAAGCAAAAUCAAUUUAGUCGACCUGGCGGGCUCAGAAAAGUUGAGUAAAACGAAUGCCACUGGCGAUACGAUUAAGGAGGGAUGUAAUAUUAAUCUUUCGUUGUCUGCGCUAGCAACUGUUAUUGACACUAUCGUUAAGGGCGGGAAGCACAUUCCAUACCGUGGCUCACCGCUCACGAUGCUCCUUAAAGAUUCUCUCGGUGGAACCUCUAAAACGGUUAUGUUCGCCAACACGGGGCCAUCCGACAAAAAUACAUCGGAAACCAUCUCCACUUUACGGUUUGCUACUCGGGCGAAGCAAAUUGAGAACAAGCCCAUAAAGAAUCUAGACCCUAAGGAUUCUCGUAUUCAAGACCUACUCGACCAGAUCGAGGAGCUCAAGAGUCGUUUGGGUAAUGUUGACCUCAAUAUUGAGGACAGCUUACGACAGCGCAUCGAGGAACUCGAGAUCGAGAACUCCGACCUGCGUGUUGAUGGUGAGAAGGGUGCACUGGAGAUUGAAGAGCAAUGCCGCAUGCUUAAGAUCAAAAUUGAGGAAAAAGACAAGGAACUUUUGGAGCGUCAACGUGAUCUACAUCGUCUGAUCGACGAGCGUGGGAUGAAUGAGGCCAAUUUGGCCAAUGAGACGCACCACUUGAAUGAACUACGCAGAUUGAACGCUAAUUUCAUCAAGAGAAUCUGCUCUGAUGAGGAAUUGAAUCAGAUUAAACUCCAAAUGCCCAAUGACGGCUCGUACAACAUGACGGAUGAUAACUGGGACGUCAAGGAGAUCGCCUUCUAUUUGCAUGGCUUCGCUGAGCUCUACGAGCACUGGCGCAAGGUGACCUACACAAAAGAUGAUAUGGAAAAGUACGCAGCGCGGGCGAUGGCGGAGAUGCAAGAGCAUCUGCAGCUUCAGAUUAACGAUGCCAUUCGCUCCCGGGACGAACUUUUACGCCAACGCGAUGAGGAAGCGGCUCAGCGAACGGCGGAUAGCGUUCAAAUGUCACAGCUGAAGGUUGAAUUAAAUUCCUUGCGUGACGAGAAUACCAAACUUCGCGAAAAAAUUGAGCGAGACCAGGAAAAGAUCAAAACCAAGCUUGCAAAAAGCAAGGAUGAAUACAAGGCUUUGCAAGAUCAACUUGAGACGACCAAAGCGACCGUUACGGAGAAGGAACGCGAUAUAGAGCGUCUGAAGCGAAUGCUUAGCGAUGCGGGUGUGAUGGCCAACUUAAACACCGGUAGCUCGUUCCUUAGCACUUCUAACUGGGGUAACAUGGAUGAGCGGUCCGCCGUUCUCCGGCAACUGGAGGAGGUACGGGAAUCAAAGGACGCUUUGGAGAGGAAGAUCAAAGAGACCAACGUUUCUCUUCGCCGGUUCGGUAUUUGCAUCGCGGAUGACCCCCCCUCGGAUGAUGCGCUUAACGCGGCCAACAAAUCGGAUGCCUUCAUGUUGGCCGCGAUAGAUGAAGAACCCAUCAACGACGACGUGUUCGCACAGCUACAGCAGCAGCUUCGCUCAAAGCAAAGGCUGCUCGAGCUAGCGCAUCAACAGCAAACUCAGCUCGGGGGUAUGAUCCGAAAGUUUGAGCUACUUACAACUGGCAAAGUGACUUCGGAUUUCCCUGAGGCGCACGGACAUGUAAACAAUACCAGUGGUGUGGCCGCCGCGAUCGAUGAGGCGACGAUUCAACAGCUUACCGAUCUACUCCAGAGUAAGGAGGAUACCAUUGAAAGCCUGCGUCUGGAGAAGGACCAGAUCAGUGAUAAGCUUGUUCACAAGCUCAACAAGAACGAGCAAAAAAUUCGAGACCUGGAGUCCGCGAUUGAGGAAGAGCGCACGCAAAUUAAUGAAGAGAGUAGUGAGAUGUGCAAAGAGAGAGAGGAAUAUCAAACGCAUAUCCAGCAACUAUCUUUAGAUCUAGAAACAUCACGGGAGCAGCUCAAAGGCUUCAAACAGCAACUAGAAAGCAUGCAACGUGCAAAUGAAAACAAGAUUGAUUACAUGAAGGGUCAAAUUCAGGAGCUGCAGCGCCGUCUUGAUGAAACUCGCAACAAGUCUGCAGAGUUUGAGGAGAUGGAGAAAAGCUAUGAGCGAUUACAGCGGCAGAUGGCUCGCACUGAGCAAGCUCUUAAUGAGAAAACUGAACAUUUGGAGAACAACCGGCAGGUGGUUAAGUGGUCUAACUCUCUGUUGGAACGUGAAAAACGAAAGAGUGAGGAGCUAGAGAUGACGAUUCGGCAGCUAGAGCUGGAAAUGCGAAAACUGGAUGAGACAUGGCGUACAGAGCUAGCCGAGCAAGUAAACAAACAGAUCAUUGCGAACAAUCGUCGCUUUGAGACACAGGCCGAACAAUUCCAGCAGAUUGUUGCUGGUGAACACGAAAAGCAACGAUCCUUACAAAAGAAAAUAAAGAGUGCUAAAUCUACUGCAAGCAAAGCCGAACAACGAUACGAUGAACUUAUUCUUGAAAACGAAUCUAUUAUUUCCCAGCUUGAGGAACUGAAGGUAGCCUCAUUGAAGAUGUAUUUGGAGAAGCAGGAGGCUCAGAGAGAUUUGGAUGCGCUUUGCCCCACAAACAACAUACGUGCUCGUGCUUUCUAG